GUAAGCCUUCGCUCCUUACUGUUUAGAUGUAUUUGAGACAUUAACUGUGAUAUAUUCAACGGCAGCAAUAUGUUUUGUAACGUUAUUGUCGCCAAAUGGCAGAUCCAAUCAAACAAAAGAGCUGUAACAUUACGCCACAGUUAGGCAUGCUUUUAGCUUCCAUUUUGCUGCCUGACCACUGUCAAAAGUGAGAGGGAUUUAUGGAGGGUGUCUGCCUCCUUGUAUCUCCAUCUGUCCAUAUGAGUUGGCUUACAUACUGCUCAGUGCAUCAUUAUAGGCUUCUCAGCCCAUGUUUUGUCAAUUGACACACUUUGUAUAAGCUAUGAAUAGUGUGGAUGUCCUAUUUUUGAAAAGCCCUUUCCAUCCGACCUAUGACAGCUUGGAUGACUUUCAGUCAGGAUUAUUAUGCUCCACUGACUAAUGUGCUCAGAUAGACUCCUAUGAGACUAAACUGUUUUUAUCUAUGAGGAUUUAAAGAUGAACCAAAUGCCAGAAUUGUCUCACUGUCCUCUACAAUGCUCAUGCAAAUUAUUAGUCAAAUUGGAGGAUUGUGUGCUUAGUCUGAAUUUGAUGUUGCUUAAUACAUAGACUCUCCUCUGCAUGUGGUACUAAAGUACAAAAGGAUGAGCUCUCAGUCAUGUUAAUAAACAGAAACACAAAGAUAUCAUCUUUUAUGAAAGAAUUAAGCUUAGCAUUAGGCUUAGCGUUGAGUCUGGACAAAGUUGUGAGUAACAUCUGUGCCCUAUCAUUAACACAUUAAUAACCAUGGUGUCUCUCAGGUGAGCCGUAAUCAUGACGACUCUGGAUGACAAGAUCCUGGGAGAGAAGUUGCAGUACUACUACAGCAGCAGCGAGGACGAAGGCAGCGACAACGAAGACGAAGAUGGGGAGAAGAAGACCAUCCGGGACGCAAGCGUCACUGAGCCUGAAAUAGACUACAGCCCCGAUGGGAGUGCUGUCAACACAGGACCAAAGGGUGUCAUCAAUGACUGGAGGAAGUACAAGCAGCUGGAGGUGGAGCAGAAACAAGAGCAGAAGAAAGAGAUGGAAAGACUGAUCAAGACUUCGAUGAGCUGCCGCUCUGAGCUCGACAUGGAAAAAGACAAAGACAAACAAAAAGAGUUGCAGGACAAAAUCAAAGGCAAAAUGACCAUGCAGGAGUACAGUAUGCUCCAGGAAGAAGAGGAUGAUGAAGACUUCCUCCAGCAUUACCGAAUGCAGCGUAUUGAAGAGAUGCGGCGCCAGCUCUGCCGCGGCAAACGCUUUGCGCAGGUCUAUGAGCUUAAUACCGGAGAGGACUUCCUGGAGGCUUUGGACAAGGAGGACAAAAGCACGUUGGUCAUGAUCCACAUCUACGAGCCGGAUGUCCCGGGCUGUGAGGCCAUGAGUGGCAGCCUGCUGUGUCUCGCUCAGGAAUACCCGCUGAUCAAGUUCUGCAGCGUACGCAGCUCGGCCAUCAGCACCAGCGCACUGUUCAGAGACAGUGCUCUGCCAGCUCUGCUCGUUUACAAAGGAGGGGACCUGAUCGGCAACUUCGUGCGGGUCACAGACCAGCUCGGGGAAGACUUCUUUGCUGUAGACCUGGAGGCCCUGCUGCAGGAGUACGGCCUGCUACCUGACAAGCCCCCCAUCGUGCCGAAGACCGUUCGCAAUGGAGCCAUCAUACAGAACACUGUCAGUGAUGAGGACUCAGACCUUGAUAUAGACUAGAGCCAUAAUAUCUAACAUGCAUUAUAUGUUUGGGAAACAUUCAUACACAGUCUGCAUGGACUAUAGAUCAUUUUUCUGUACGUGGGACCCCGUAGUGAUGACGAACUGAGCCAGGAUAACCAUGUUGCUACUCACACAGUAACAUACAACCAGCAUUGAAGCCAAUAGUAAAUGCACACAAAACAUCGCGACCCAGUGAGUUUUGUCAUGACAUGGUAAACAAGAGUUAUGUUUAAUCAGAGUACAUUCUAGCCAUUAUGAAUAUCGAGGACCUGUUGUUAUACACAGUGAGACUAAUGUAGGGGUAGGUUAAAUGUUUUGUUUGAGCUAUGACUGUCAACUAUUUAUUCUUUGUGUUAAAACACAUUUUCCUGUUUUGUUUCAUGUGCAUCUUCAUUGUAUUAAGUGUGUUUCAUCUGUAGAAUACGAAGCCUCCAGCCCAAACUGACUUUUAGUUAAUUUUAUAACUUUUAUAUGUGCUGUACCAUUUGAAAUCGUGGGAACAAUAAACAAACGUUUGGACUCAU